GUACUUGCCACGUCCAAGCCAGGCUGUGCAAUCAACAGGAAAGAUAAGAAGGUCAAACAGGAAGAGCUGUGCUGGAGUCAGUUGUGAGCAGAGCUGAGUAAGGCACAGAUCUGUGUGCUCUUUACCAGCAUGUUAUAGUAAAUCAGACUUGGAAAAGAGGGAAAGCAAGACAGAAACUUAGAGGUUAAAGAUCUGAAGCAGGGAAGGUUUGGGUCUGACUGGAAACAUGCAGAGGCCAGUGAUGCCAUCAGCCCUGUCAGGGAUGGAGUCAGGAUGGACUCAUUGCAAGAACAAAUGGAAUGUUCUCAACGUGAAACGUGCAUGAAUGUCAAUUCAAGGAUCCUUCCUAGUCAAGCAGAGACUUUUCCAACUGAUAUAUCCUUGAAGUUAACGAUGGUAAGACGAAAGAGCGGAUGUCCUGAUCCCAGACUACAAAGACAGCUCAGAGGGCAGCUCCGUCUUCUGGAAAAUGACAGCAGGGAGGUGAUGGUGGUUUUCAGUGAGUUGUCUGCCAGGCUGCUAUCUAUUCAUAGUGAUCAAGAUCUAAUAGUGGUGACGUUUAAAACUUUUGAAGAAAUAUGGAAGUUUCUAACCUACCAUUCACUGGGUUUUAUAGACCAUUGCAUGGAGAACUUAUUCCUAGAUCAGUCUUUCUGGCUCUGCUCUCAAGAGGAGGAAGAAACAGGCAUUAAAGUCUCUAUAAAUGAAAAAUCACUAAAUUUGAUGUACAGAAGCCUGCUAGUACAGGAAGGGGCAUUCUUUGGUUUAUAUCCUGACAAUCUGAUAAGACAGAUAACAGAUAAUGAAAUAAACAGUUAUUUUGAGACUGGGGCUUUUACUGAAGACAUAGCAGGUGUAUCUGUGGAUGGUGACAUGUCUAAUGCUUCUGUGGAGCCAUUGAUCCCUUUUCAUCAAUGGUUUCUUAAAGGGUAUUCUGAUCCUAUGGAUUUUACACUCAAAACUGAAUCACAAUCCAUCAGGAAAGUUGAAAAAGGAUUCUGUCUAGCUGUGAUAAAUUAUGAAGGCAUUGUGUUAGAAGAGAUGAGCUUCCAGGAAGGGGACAAAAUUGAGAUUCUUGGAUAUUACAUUGAAUGCAUGGAGUGGUUUCUUGGAAGACACGUGUUUACUGGCCAAAUAGGUUUUGUAAAGACAAGUCAUGUUAAAGUGGACUUAUCUGGAAAUAAGACACAAGACCUGGAUUUUCUUGAAGCAGAAGAGCUAUCAUUUUUUUGCAAAGAAAAAGAUUUGGAAGAAGUAAUACAGUUGUUGAAACAAACAUCCAUCACAGAUGUUUGCUCUGUGUACAGAAUAGACCAAUUAGAAGAACCAGAAUUUCAGAAAGCUCAUGAGUGUGAAACUCCAUGUUCGCAUUCUAGAACAGGAUUUACUAGCAAGAAUGGCAAGAUAGAAGAAUUCCUGAAGAACUUCAAGAAUUUGGAAGCCACUUGGGCAGAAGAGCCAGCUACUGCAGGAAACAAUUCUGCUAGCUCUCUGAAUAAGGAAAUAUUUCCUCCACCUGGAGCACCUUGUUUCCACAUACAUGAAGAUGAUGCUCAAGCAUCUGACAUCUUUGAGUCAUUGUUACUCUUUUUAAAUAGGAAAGAGUAUGAGAGAAACUUCAAACACCUGUAUGAUUUUUCUUAUCCCUUUAUCAACAGCAUGUUCUAUGGGUUUUCUGAAGAAGAACUGGUUAGUUUUCUUAGAUUAGCACGGGAAGCAGCAAAGAAAGCAGGUAUGCCCUGGGCACUAGCAAGGCUAUGCUUUCUCUUAGGCAGGCUUAGUGUUAAAAAGCUGAAGUUUUCCCAAGCACGGGUGUAUUUUGAGGAAGCUUUGAGAGCAAUAGCUGGAGGGUUUAGUGAUUUGUACUUUCUAACUGCUCUUUAUACAAAUCUAACAGUUAUCUACUUGACACAAAAGAACAAAGAGAAAUGUGCUCAUGUUUUUGACAAGGCUACAGCUCUCCUCAUGGGAAUUCCCAGCUACAUUUGCAGUACCGACCUGGAGUCGGAUAUUCUAAAGUAUGCUCUGAAGAGAACGAUUCUGAGCCAGAACAAACAUGCAGAGGUAAGGGCAUGCUUUCUCCUGGCAAAACACUACAGUGCACACAAACAACAUGAAGAGGCUCUACCAUUCUUGGAAAGGUUUCAAGUGUUGCUUAAUGACUUGGGUUUACAAAACAACUUAUCAAACAACUGUUAUAUCAAACUAGCAGAGUCCUACAAUGAAAAGUGUUUGCCACACAUUGUAUUAAGUUGCUUAAAGGUCGCCUCUACCCAGAGCUCUGGUACUUUAAUGGAUUCCUUGAAAAUGAUUGAUUUAGUCAUCAAAAAUGCUUCCAAGCUCUAUGGCCUGAGGAAAUACAGACCAAUACUCCCAACCCAAGUGGCACCUUACCUCAUACAAGCACUUUCCUCUGUGUUUACUAAUGAGCAGCAAGGACUAUGCAGCACUAUCUAUCUUAGCUUAGCAAAACUGUACAGCCACCACAAACUGUAUGGAAAUGCCAUUGUUUACAUGAUGAAAGCACUGGACUCUGAUGUUUCUGCUAAGCCAGAGGAAAUUAUUAACUAUUUGGUUUCACUUGCUUGGCUAUACAUUCUUUACAGGCAAUAUAAUGUGGCUUUAGCUAUCCUAAAUGCUGUUGUAGAUUGUUCAUGGAGCAGUGCUCAACAACUAGGCAACACUUAUAAUAUGCUUGCUAUUGCUUUGAAAAGAACAAACAAUACAAAAGAAGCUGCUGAGAGUUACUACAAAGCACUACAUCUUUCAGAAGAGACUGAUACGAUCCAUAACCAGGCUAUAGUCCUGGCUAAUUUUGGGACACUCUGUCUGCAAGCAGCAGCCAGCAAGCUGGCAGAACAUUAUUAUAUCAGGGCAGUGAAAUUGUUCUCCAAGCUUCCAAGUAUGGACUACAGCCAAGAGUUUAUUCAAGUCCUCCUUCAGCUGGGAUGUUACUAUGUUGGUGGAACUCAAAGAGAAAAAAGCAGGUUUUACUAUGAAUGGGCGUUUCUAGUUGCAAUGGAGACAAGCCAUCUGGAAAGUCAACUACAAGCAAUUAAACUGCUGUGUCAGUUCUACAGCACAGUUGUUCCCAAUGAGGCUCAGUGUGUCAUCUACAAUGAAUAUCAGCUAUCUUUAGCCAGGAAGAUGUCCAACAAAGCUCUGGAGGGACAAAUUUUGGAAACCAUUAGUCAGCUCUAUUUGUCUUUAGGAACAGAAAGGGCUUACAGGUCAGCUCUGGAAUAUACCAAAAGAAGCCUUGGAAUAUUUAUAGAUCUGCAGAAAAAAGAGAAAGAGGCACAUGCUUGGCUACGGGCAGGAAAGAUAUAUUAUGUUCUGAGGCAGAAUGAGCUUGUGGAUCUUUACAUUCAGGUUGCUCAGGAUGCUGCUCUUUACACAGGAGAUCCAAAUUUGGGAAUGGAACUGUUUGAAGCUGCUGGAGACAUAUUUUUCAAUGGUACCUGGGACAAGGAGAAAGCAGUGACUUUCUAUAAGGACAGGGCUCUUCCACUUGCUGUUCAGACUGGCAACAAAACCACCGAACUCAGAUUAUACAAUAAACUGGUGGAACUGUUGGUGAAUCUGAAGGCUUAUGAGGAAAGUCUGGAAUACGCCAAAGCAUCUCUCGUGCUCAGUGUAAAUCUAGGGAAUCAGCUAAAUGAGCGAAUAGCUUAUCAUCGGCUGGCUGCAAUCCAUCAUCAUUUGGGUCACUGUGAACUAGCUGAACACUUCUAUUUAAAGGCCUUGUCCCUCUGUUCCUCUCCUCUGGAGUUUGAGGAGGAAACACUGUAUUACAUGAAGGUGUACUUGGUCUUAGGAGACAUUAUAUUCUAUGAACUUAAGGACCCUUUUGAUGCAGCAGGCUAUUACCAUUUGGCACUUGCUGCUGCCAUGGACCUAGGCAAUAAGAAAGCUCAACUGAAGAUUUACACAAGACUUGCAAUAAUCUACCAUAACUUCCUUGUGGAUCGGGAAAAGUCUCUCUUCUUCUAUCAAAAGGCAAGAACCUUUGCAACAGAGCUGAAUGUUAGGAGAAUAAAUCUAGCUCCUGAUCAGUAUUAUAAGAACUCAUGAGCAUCUUACAACUACAGAAGUACCUAGAGAAAUAUUGCACUGGCUUUGUAGGAGAAUGCAGAAUGCAUUCAGUGUCUCAUUAUGCAAGUUCUGUAAGACAGAGUUCAGCAUCACAGACUAAAUUACCAGUUUAUAUGACAGUAAACUAUAUUUCAUUGUCUUCAAGAUAUGCCAUGUUGGACUUGUUUGAGGAUCAGG